UAAUCAGUCAACAUUGAUUUGUCAGUGCAGAUGAUUUGUGCUAUUGAUGUGCGUGAUUUUGCAGUAGAGUGAGGAGUUCGUACAGGCGCAGGCUUCAACAUGAUGCUCUCCGUCCCUCUGCUCUCUUUGAUGUGCCUUUUUGUUACUGCAAUUGAGCAAAAGGUUCCGUUACAGAAAGAAAGCAAUGUAACAUCAACGAGCGCCCAGGCAGUUCCGUUACAGAAAGAAAGCAAUGUAACAUCAACGAGCGCCCAGGCAGUUCCGUUACAGAAAGAAAGCAAUGUAACAUCAACGAGCACCCAGGCAAAAGAAAGCAAUGAAACAUCAACGAGCGCCCUGCCAACUUCAAAGACUUCAGUCCCUCGCCUACAAAGACUGUCUGAGGAUUGUUUACAUGAAAAUUAUACCUACAAAUCAUGUCAGAAAGUCUUCUGCCAACCUUGGGAAAAAUGCCUUCAUGGGAAAUGUGUGUGCAAGGUGCCUUAUCAAUGUCCGAAGAUUGAAUCCCCAGUCUGCUCAACCAAUUAUCGAAAAUUUAGGUCUUACUGCCAACUGAAAAGUUUUGAAUGUCAGAGGAAUCAGGACAAGUUCUCCCACUUUGGAGAAUGCUCAUCAGGACAAACUUAUGUUCAUUUGGGGUCUGGUAAUUCGACACAAGGAGUUGUUUAUUUCAGUUUUAAUCAAACCGUGGAAAACCUGCCUGUUUACCAGAAGAAGAAGAAGAAGUGGACAAUGCAUGAGGCAAAUGUAGUCUGCAGGCAACUCAACUUUAAACUGGGAGCAGAGAACCUCUUAAAAAAUGAAAUCCUGGAAGGAAUAAGUAAGAUGGUCAACUGGGCUAAUGAUUCACGCUGCAGGGGGUUUGAGACCAGCUUAUCUGAAUGUUUCCAAUUCAAGAACAUUGGAGCGCCAGGUUACAAGAAAGUCUCCUUUGCUGCUGUGAAAUGCUAUAAUUAUCCUCCAGAUAAGGUCUGCACCGACGAUGAAUUUAAAUGUGUAAAUGGCAAGUGUAUUCCUCUUGAGAAUGUUUGCAAUGGCAUUGAUGACUGUGCGGACCUGAGUGAUGAGUUGUGCUGCACAGAAUGCAAAGAAUCUUACCACUGCAAGACAGACAUAUGUAUUCCAAAAUUUUCCGUAUGUGAUGGCGAAGAUGAUUGCUUGGAUGGAAGUGAUGAAAAGAACUGUAACGGAGAAACAAAGUCGACAAAAGACGACACAACAGAAAGGAGCCUACUCAAGUCUUCAUUCCCUGAAAUAUCCUGUGGGAUUUCAAAUUAUACAAGUAACACGCCAAGUCGUACCUCAGGGAGGUUCAAGAGGCUUCUGGGAGGCCUGGAGGCUGCACAGAAACAAUUUCCAUGGCAAAUCGCUGUUUAUAACAAUAACAUUUUGAAUUGUGGGGGUAUCUUCAUUGGUGGCUGUUGGAUUCUCACCGCUGCCCAUUGUUUAAGACCUUAUCACUUAUCUAACUACGUUGUAAGAAUUGCAAAGUACAAUAAAAGAGAUAUUUCAAAGAGAGAAGAAAUUUUACCAGUCGAAAAGAUCAUUAUACAUUAUAACUACAAUCCCAGAACAUAUGAGAAUGACAUUGCGUUAUUAAAAGUGGUUCACGUCUAUAAAGACGAAGAAUGUAUUCCACUGAGUGAAGAUGUCCAACCAGUGUGUGUUCCCUGGUCUAAUUACUUAUUUACGCCAAACAAGACAUGCACCGUAUCAGGUUGGGGAAUAGCUGAAGAUGGCGUUACGGUGAACGUUCUUCGUUACGCUGAGAUUGAAAUUAUUGGAAACUGUACAGCAAUUUACCAAUCUGAUUUUUUUGAAGGAAUGCUAUGUGCAGGAAAAUUGGAAGGAAACGUCGACUCGUGCAAAGGAGAUUCUGGAGGUCCUUUAGUCUGUAGCGAUGAAAGAAAUAAUGCCUAUGUGUGGGGAAUAGUUAGCUGGGGAAAAGAAUGUGGGGCACAAGGAUUUCCUGGUGUUUACACAAAAGUGUCCCAUUACUUUGAGUGGAUAUCCAAAAAUGUUGGUAGACAUAUUAUUAGUAAAUAUAACAUCUGAAUGUUUUCGUGUCAACUUCAGUUACAAUGGCACAUGUUUCCUGCAUCUAAUGCAUACUUUGCGACUCAUGUUUUCACCAGAAAGAUUAUUAAAACCAAAAAUUAAGCACCAUUCGAAAAACCGUCACAGUCACUAUCAGUUCUGUGAUAUUAGGAAGGAGAAAAGAUAUUGAGAUAUAGAACCUGCUAUAUAUUAACAUUCAGUACUGCUAAUAAAUACGUGUCCUCACAA